UCCUACCAACUGACCAGCUCAUCAUCAUUUGUGCUUUGAACUUCUUAAGUGUAAAUUGCUCGUCCGCUCAUCUGCUCGAGAAAAUUUCGUGAAACAUACACAAAAUUAAAUAAAUAAAUACAAAUAAAAAUGAAAUUCUUCUUGCUGUUGGCCUUGGCCCUUGUGGGCGUUGUUGCUGGUGCCCAGCUGCCGGAUUCGGCCACACAGGGACCCAAUCCCCAGGAUAUUGCCACCCCAGAACCGGAAUACAUUGACAUCGACGAGCCACUACCAGCGGCCGCCGCCCCUGCCGCUGCACCGCGGCCAGUGUUUGCUGCUGCCCCCCCAGGGCAGAUUGCUGCACCAAUCGCUCGUCCCAUUGCCCGUCCCGUGGCACAGCAGACCUUCGUCCAGCAGCAGCAGCCCUUCAUCCAGCAGCAGCAGCAGCCGAUUGCCCAGCGCGUCCAGUACCUGGCUCCUCAGGUGGUGCCACAGCAGCAGCAGCAGCAGCUGGUGGGACACUCGUUCAACAGCAGGAGCGGCUACCAGUACCGUCGUCCAGUCUAUGUAAGACGCUUCUACCGCCUGCGCCGCUACUAAGAUGGAGCAGCGAUAUAUCAUAUAUAUCCCAUAUAUAUUUUUAAUACAUGUUCGAUAAUAUCCUAAUAAUCUAUCCCUCUAUAUUUUGCUGUUUUCUUUCUUCUACCCGCAUCCGCACCCCACACUUCACCUGCCCGAAACGACUCUCCAAACCCAAAUCUCCAAUCCACUGCUCGAAUCAAGCAUUAACCUAUAUCCAAAAUACCACGCACACGCCACAUUACCACCGCACUGAAACCCUUCUACAAAUCUAUCCAACUAUCGAACAUAUCGAACUAUCUAACCACCAAUCCUAAUCCUAGAACGAAAACGAAAAUGUAAAUCAAAACGAAACAUCAAAGAACCAACGAACGAGCAGCCAAGAUCAAAAAGCAUAAAGAGCAAAAGUACAAAGAGACAAAUGAUGUUCUAAAGACAAAGAUCGCAACAAAAAAAAAACCCAAGUAUUCAGUUAUUGUUGAAUGUUCCAAGUAAAGUACGUACGAGUAAAUAAACGUAAAUUAUUUGU